UGUAAUCGAGAAACACUCAUAAGCUCUACGAUUAUUGCUAUUAUUUCUGGUGGAUUGUCGAUAAUAUAGAGCAUGACGUGUAAAUGCCAGAGACCCCAACGUUUAUUGGACAACUUGAAACGUAUUCGCGUGAAAUGUAUGUAACUGAGGACGUGUACUGCAUACGUUAAAUAGUUGUACAUACGUAUAAUGUUGGUGAAGAGCGUUCGAUGACAUAAAGCAAGAAAUUAAUCACGGCGAUGUUAAACAGAUUAGUUAAGACGAUAGAUGUAAAAUGGCGAAAAUCGUAGUGACAUCCGAAUCGGUGUCUACGAUUUUAGUAUGUGAAUAUUGUACUAACCUCACGUUUAAACACAUUCAAGAUUUUAUUAGACACUUGAGAGAUCGACAUUGUUCAAGAGAAGGUGGAUCAUAUGUGUGCUUGUAUGGUUAUAAUGGAGUAUGUACUAGUCUUCCAGUGGAAGGUGUUUCGGAUAAAGAUUAUGUAGCCCAUGCAACAAAGCAUGCAACGAUGCAACACCAACGUAAAAACAAUGGUCAGUUGCUAGAGCCUGGCUCAACUUGGACUGUUUAUUCGGCUAUACAAAAUCUACCUGCAGUGUUGAAUGAUCCAUUUAAAGGAAAACAAAGUAAUUUCUUUACUCGUACAUGGGGCGAUGGGUUUGUAGAAAAAAUGGACGUUCCAAGAAGUCCUUAUCUUCCUGAGGUUACUAUGCAUCACUUUGAAGUAUACCUGAAAAAAAUUGCACGCAGACACCGUAAACAUUCACGGAUGAUGAGUUCUAGUGCAACCAGACCAACUACUCCAAAUGAAUUACUACAGAAUUUUCCAAAUUUAAAAAAAGUUAAAUCGCUAGAUCGAAGUCAAUUUGAUUUGUUAAAUAUUCCAAAAAUAUUUUUAACACCAAAUUUAGAUCUUUCGCAAAGAGAAAACUUUGAAGCUGUAUUUCCGUUUACAAAAGAUGGCCUAUUAGAUAAGGAAUACAACGUAGUGACGCAUGUUGAACAGAUGGAAAAGAAGUUGAGUCACUAUUUAGAUAUUGUAGAAGUUAGAAUAGCAGAGCAGGUAGCCUCUAAAUCUCAAGCUUUCUUCAAUGCAAUGACCUCUCAUGAUGCUUUAAUGGAGCAGUUAUCUCAAACUAUUACCGUUUUAAAAGCGCUAAGAGAAAAUAUCCACCAGGUUGACAAAUAUCUAGUCAAAGAUUCUUUAAAAGUUUUACAAUUGGAAAGAGCUCGGACGAAUCGAUUUUUAGUACAUGAAAAAUUGAAACUGAUGGCAACUGUACAUCAAAGUCAACCAAUGAUACAAUUAUUACUUUCUACGCCAGACUAUGUUGCAGCAUUAGAUCUUAUAUCUACGACACAAGAGAUUCUAUUACAAGAAUUAAAUGGAGUGCAUAGCUUUCGGCAUUUGAGUUCUCAAUUAACGGAAAUGGAAAAACUUGUCGAUAAAAUGCUUACUACGGAAUUUCAAAAGUAUGCUACCGCAGAUUUGAAUAGACCAUUAGGUGAAGAAGAUAUUGUGUUGGAUGGAGAUAAACUUGUUUCCAUCAUUUCUGGACUACUACGUCAAAAACACUUUCACUUUGUGGAUACUUACAAAGAGGAGGCUGUGACUACUGUUAGAGCUAUAACAAAGCAAAGAGUUAUAGAAGCUCUUGCAGCAAGUGAUUGCUGUAGUGAUCAACAAGCAGCAGCCCUUGAAGUGGGCAGUCUUUCCCAUGCAGAAAGGUUGACCUUGCUUCACAAUACAAUAUAUUCUCUUACAAAACUGCUAGUGCGCGUCAAGGCUGUUCAUGAUGUAAUGCGUGACACUGCAAACUUAUCUGCUGGACAUACGGUCGAUGGUUCAUAUGAUGAAUCUAUGCCUGAUCGUUUGUUGACGCAAGAUGAACAUGUUCGUGUAACUACCAAACUCACUGAUAUGCUUAUAUCUGUCUGUGAUUACUGCCAUGAGCGUCUGGGAAAUCUGCUUUCCGCAGGUACAAAUGAAAAAGAUAAGUUGCAAAAUGAGAAAGAUAAUAUAUCUGAAAGUUCAUUAAAUAAGAUUGAAGAUAAGGAAAAUCAUAGUCCAAUUGAAAAAACAUCUUGGUUAAGUGAUAGAGCGACGACAACUCAAGUUUGUCAAUUAGCAAAUAUUGUAGAAGAAUUUACAGAAGAAUGUGAAAAACUUUGUGGUAAACAGUGUACUGCAUUGCGAUCUGCAUUCAAGGCACAAGCGAGCAAGUUUGUACAAAAAUUUCAUACGGAACGUAAAACAAGACUUACUCUCUUAUUGGAAUCUGAAAGAUGGAAACAAGCUGAUGUUCCAUCAGAAUUUCAAUCGUUGGUAACGUACAUUUAUCAAGAAAAUCAAUUUCCUCGUGGCCCAUUGAAACGCGACGAUGAGGUAAAAAAUGUUAGUACAGAAUCGUUUAUUAUGGUAGGAGAAGAAAGAUUUGCAGUUGUUCCUACUGCUUUAAUGCUUAUACAAAUGAUACACGAAUAUUGCAGAACCAGCAGUGAGUUAGUAGCAUUGUCAGGAACUAUUGGACGUCAAUUGGCAGAAUUAUUACGGCAUUAUAAUUCUCGGUGUUGUCAACUUGUUUUGGGUGCUGGGGCGAUGCAAGUUGCAGGCUUAAAGACUAUAACAAGUACAAUUCUUGUAUUAGCGGCACGUAGUCUGAAACUUAUUUUGUGGUUCAUGCCAUAUAUUAAAAAACAUUUUCAAGAACUUGCUGAACAAAAUCCUAGUCGUGGAAUUGUAGGUAUGCCAAGCGUAAGUGGUGGAGUGGCAUUAUUAGAUAGCGUAGAAAGGGAUAUAAGGGCUCAUAUAAGAGAGAUUGAAGGAAAAAUUUUAACUAUUGUUGACAAUUUAUUAGGAGGUCAAAUAUCAAAAUGGAAUGCAAGGCCGCCUGUACCAUCGAAAUCAUUUAGAAAUAUUUCUAGUUAUCUCAUAAAGCUUCAUGAGGCUGUCUCUGGGAUUUUACCAUCGACUGAAGUCGAAUCACUUUAUCGUACGGUAAAUACUUCAUUUAAAGAAAAACUUAGGGAGCAAUUAGUAAAAAUGAAUAUAGUGAAUAAUGGUGGUCCACAACAUGGGGUGGUUACUUUAGAACUGACGUUUUAUCUCGAAGCAUUAAGAAAAUUGAAAGUUUUACCAAGCGAAGAAUUAAAUGAUGAUUGGAUGAGUGACAUAUGGACUAGAUAACAUGCAGAGCGUGUAAUAUAUUGCAUAAUAGAAGCAUUGAAAUACUAUAGAAAAAGGUGACUAAUCUCUACUAUUGUCUACCUCCAUAUAAAUUACAGAAUUAAUUUGUCUGAAAAACAUCAAUUAUAUGGAGGUGAUAAUGAAAUAUUGCUUGCACUGAACUUUUUCACUUUUGCACUUAACUAUCCUAUACUAAAAAGAACUACGUUCAGUGUAUUUUUCAAGGGUUGUAGAAGACGAAUUAUUGUUCUCUUUAAUUUAUGCUCAUAACAAUAAUAAGCAGCAAUUUUAUGAAAGAAUGAAAUAUAAUGAAUCUGUCUUAAAGACAUGACUAAAUAAAAACAAUACAAAUAA